AUGGUCCUGACAUUCGCAGAUCAUUUCAGCGGAUCGUUGAGUGAUGGAAAUUUAUCUAUCCUGACCUCACAACAAGAUCAGUGCUUGAUAGAAAGGGGUGAGAAAGCAGAAGAGAAAGUCAGUGAGUGGAAACGGACCGGUACUAUUGCCGGAUCACGGGCCCGGCUGAUAUCCUUUAUCUUCAGGGAGCUUAUCUCUCACCAGUCAAUGCCCCGACCUAAGGUCCGGCCAGAAGACCGCCAGCGAUCCUCAAAGGCGUGCUUGCCAUGCCAGGUGUCCAAGAUACGCUGCGACUCACAGACUCCGUGUACAUCUUGCCUACGCCGCGAUCGAACUUCUGCUUGCAUCUAUGUUGAAUCACAUAGAAGGCGACGACCGAGGACUCAUCGAACUCAUGAGCUGCGGUUCGCACCUUUCAAUCACCGUGCAGCUGGGUCGCCUGGUUCACCACGUCUCAGAACUUCCAACGAAUUCGCAACCAGGAACCCAGAGGGGAAUGACGAUGCUGAAGCUACACAGUCAGUAUCGGAGGCUCCUUCAGUGCAGUCGCCAGAGUGUACUGAAAGUAGAUUGCUGCUGAGCUCGAAAGGGGAAAAGGUGUAUGUUGGAGAAACAUCAUCGCUGUCAUUCCUGCAAUUUUUACGCGGUAUAAUGAAACAAUAUAUGGGCCCUUCUGCUUUCACAGAAAAUGGCCCCCUGAAUAUCAUGCUUGAGGCAGAUACAAACGUAAAUCGUAAUAUCGCUUUUGAGGAGAGUCUGGCCACGAAGCAAGAAUUGAUACAAACUUACUUUCAAGUGUGUAGCGGCUUCUUCGACCUUUUUGAUAAAGACGAUAUCAUGAGACUUCUUCAAAUCGAGACAUCAUCAUCCGGAAGAAGAAUUAAUAAGGAAGAAACGGCAGUGCUAUACCUCAUAAUAGCCAUUGGAGGUCAAUGCCGUGGAUCAAACACAUCAGAUUUUCCAUACGCUACAAAAUAUUCCUCAAUGGGUCAGCAAUAUGCAUUUGAAGGCAUGCUGAGGGAUCCCAGUAUCAACAUGCUUCGCGCUUUUCUUCUCAUGGCGUUUUAUAUGCUUGGGGCAUGUCAUCGCAAUGCGGCGUAUAUGUAUCUCGGGGUUGCUUCCAAGGCAGCUGCGGCCUUAGGAUUACACAUUGGAAUGCAAGCCCGAGGAUUAUCAAGGGACGAAUCCAAACUGCGCUGGCGUACGUACAAGUCACUUCGAGUGUUUGAUCUUGUAGUGAGCUUCUUGCUUGGUCGGACGACGAGUUCAGUGCCCUCAAAUUAUAAUGACUUGUCAUGGAAAGAGCACUCAGAUUCUCAUAGCGUCGCCGUUUCGGCUGCAUAUAAUGGAUCUGUCCUGCUAGAAGAGAUCGUCCAACGUCUAAAGAAAGUUAAUAACAGCUUCGACGUCCCGACAGCAGAGGGAUUUCUUCAGCGCUUACGACAGUGGAUUCAAGGCCUACCUCGUGACUUUCGACAAAUUCCAUUUGACGACGAACAAGAAAUAACGUCAGAGGUGCGAGAAACAGCUAUUGGCAAUAUUCACGUUAGCUGCAUAUACUAUUUUGCCAUCAUUCUGACCACUCGUUCGUUUCUGAUAUCUCACCUGAUGUCUCGACUGAAAGAGUCGUCUAUCAUCACUCCGGAUGCUAUAUCUCCGUUGACAGGUCGAGCUGCAGAGCAGAAGACCAGUCCUCAACUCGCCCACGUAUGUAUCAGCGCGGCCACCUAUAUGGCAACAAUGUGUGAGAAAGCCAUGGUCUCAGAUCUUCUCUUGAGAAAUAUGUGCAUUAUGAAAGCUUGGGCUUUUGCAGCCGGGUUAAUUCUUGGUUUCUCACUUUUUGCAUACGAUGAUGUUGAAUCCCGUACCGAGACCGAGUCGGCAUUCCAAAGUGCCAGACAUGUUCUUCGAUAUCUUGCAAACCUCAGUCCUCAAGCAAUGCAGUACCACGAGAUACUGACAUCUUUUGCUGAAGCCAUUGUUAAACAUCGCCAGCAGACUUCAUCCGCGAGACAGAGGAUUGCAGAUAGAUAUAUUGACUGUGUCCUUGAUAUUGGGAUGACUACGUCCAUGAGCUCUAUACAUCAUCGUCGGGGGCGAUCCACUGAUAGAGGUGAGUAUCCUGAUACAUGUGAACAACUACCGCAGGCAAGCGCCCAAAUGCGGUCCCCAAUACCAGAAGCUGGUUUAGUAUUUAAUGGUAACAUAGAAAGAGUGGAGGAGUCUGAUUCCGAUAUUCCAGCUGGUGUCGACCUUGAUGGUUUCAGUGUAUUGCCUUUCGAUGAUGCUGGGAGUUUCUCAAUUGACUACGAACCGUUCGGGUUGCUACUCGAUGGCAUUUGA